AUGUGGUCUAUUAUUGUUUCUAGGUUCUCACUUCAUAUGUAUAAAGCGGUUUUGAUAAUUCUUCAAAUUGUUUGUAACACAUCUCAUGCGUAUAAUGAUUUCUCAACAUUACUUAAUCAUAACAACAACAUGGAAAAUGAUACUGAGGUCAUCUCAUUUGAUGUUAUUCGUCCAUCAAUCUCAUAUCCUGCAGGUGGAGACUUUGGAAAAGGGCCAAUUGAUCUUGGUGGAUUAGAAGUGUAUGAAGCUUUGUAUUUUAAUAAAAUAUGGGAUACACACAGCGGGGGUCCAAAGGGUCUUGGUGCAUCAUUUUAUGAACCAACUUCCAUUCCAAGUGGGUUUAAUUUGAUUGGUCACUAUUGCAAACCCAACUCUAUAGCCAUGUUUGAAAUAGUACUUACGGCUAAAGACACCACAGGUGACCCAUCACAGGGCGCUCUAAAGAGUCCUAUAGACUACACUCUUAUAUGGACUAGUAAAGGUUUGAAUGUUAGCCAACGAGAAGAUGGAUACAUCUGGCUUCCAAUCCCGCCGAAUGGUUAUAAAGCCAUCGGCCACAUUGUCACGACUUCACCUGUAAAGCCCUCGCUUAACAAGGUUAGGUGUGUCAGAUCUGACUUCACCGAUUUAACCAAGGUGGACAAAUGGAUAUGGGGACAUAAGAUGCUAACAAGUACGAGCAUAGUCAAUUUGCAUACUAUAAAACCAAAAGGUAGAGUGCUAAGUGUUCCAGCAGGUACGUUUUUGGCACGAAAUAGCUCGAGUACACACGAGUUAGCGUGUUUAAAGAUGGUAAAGAACAAUCCAUAUUCUGCAAUGCCUAAUUCCUUACAAAUUGGAGCAAUGAUACAAGCUUAUGCUCCAUGGGUCUGUUUUCAUCCUGACGAGCAAUACUUUCCAUCAUCGGUUUUGUGGUUUUUUCAAAAUGGUGUUGAGCUACACCAACCCGGCCGAAUUCCAAGGCCUGUGAUCAACGAUGGUGAUAACCUUCCAAACAAUGGUGGAGCAGAUGAUGCCUUUCUAGACCUCCCAUCAGAUCAACCUAACAAAGAAAGGGUAAAGAAAGGGUUUUUGUCCAAUGCGGUAGCUUACAUACAUGUGAAAUCAGCACUAGGGGGAACAUGCACUGAUCUUGCCAUAUGGUUGUAUUAUCCUUUCAAUGGGGGAGGGAAGUUCCAAUUGGGACCUUUCACUAUAGACUUAGGAAUGAUAGGGGAGCAUGUUAGCGAUUGGGAACAUAUAACAUUAAGGGUCGAUAACUUUCAUGGGAAUCUAAGGGGGGUUUAUCUAUCUCAACAUGCUAAGGGGCAAUGGUUAACACCUAGAAAAUUUGAACUCAUGGGUGGAACUAGACCAGUGGUGUAUGCAUCAUUGCAUGGUCAUGCCCAUUACUCUACUCCAACUUCUCAUACACAUUUGGCUAGAAACCUUGAUCCAAAGGACAUACAAAUGUUGUAUGAUGAGUUUUACAAGAUGAAUAGUUCGAGAAAAUCACCUAUUGUCAAUGGGGGAAACUUUAUAGGGUUUGGUGUUAGGGAUGAUACUGCCAAAAGCAAUAACGUAAUGGAUAUUGCAUCAACCUAUAAUGUUAUCUAUGUUGAUUACAAGCCGUCUGGUAUUGAACCAUGGGUGAGUUAUACAGGGAGAUGGGGUCCUAAGAUUACUUAUGCAUUUACCAACGAGGUAAUGAAGAUAGCAAACAAAUUGCCAAAUAAGGUGAAACAACUUUUUAUUAAAGUUUUGCAAAAGAUCCCUGCUGAGUUACUUGGAGAAGAAGGUCCUCAAGGCCCUAAGAUGAAAGAAAGUUGGUCUGGAGAUGAGCGUGUAAAAUAA